GGCUCCUCUCACAUCACCGUCGCCCGCCCCCGACCCCCCGCCCCGCCUCGCCGCCAUGGAGCCCUCCCCGUCCUACGCGCUGCACCUGGCCGUCGCGGCGCUCGUCGGCGCCUCCUUCGCCGCCGCGUCCGCCUACUACAUGCACCGCAAGACCCUCGACCAGCUGCUCCGCUUCGCCCGCUCCCUCGACCGCGACCACCGCCGCCGCGCCCGCCUCCUCCCCGACGGCGCCGAGGACAGCGACCCCGACCGGGAGGACGUGGAGGAGGAGGAAUACGGCGGCGGCCCUCCCCCGCACCGGGACCACGAUCGCCGCACCCUCCCCAUCCCGCCGGGGCUCCCGCCGCUCCACACCGGCCGAGAGGGCAAGCCCACUAUAUCUCCAGCUGCGAACAAAAGAGUUGGGUCUCUGGUUAGGCCAACGACACCGAAAUCCUCUGUUCCUGCAGUCAGCACAUUUGAGAGCAUCGAAGAUUCAGAUGAGGAUGUUGAUCUUGAGCCGGAUUCCAAAAAUGAAGAUGCUGUUUACGUUGGCACAAAUGGGGCUAUUGGAUCAGACCCGGUUCCUGUUAAAGCGGAUCAGAAUGGGGACAUACCAUCAACGAGCAUGAUUAGAUCUCACAGUGCAACUGGCAGUCUCCAUGGGAUCCAGCUAAAUCCAGUAGCAGCUGAUAUACUUCGAAAGGAACCUGAGCAUGAAACUUUCAGUAGGAUCAAUAUUACAGCUGUUGAAACUCCUUCUCAUGAUGAAAUUGAAGCGUACAAAGUUCUUCAAAAAUGUCUUGAGCUACGAGAGAAGUACAUCUUCAGAGAAGAAGUUGCUCCAUGGGAGAAGGAAAUAAUAACUGAUCCUAGUACCCCCAAACCUAACCCAAACCCGUUCAACUAUGAACAUCAGACCAAAACUGAACAUCACUUUGAAAUGGUUGAUGGUGUUGUUCAUCUGUACCCCAGUAAAGAUUCUAAAGAAAGACUGUAUCCUGUUGCUGAUGCUACCACCUUCUUUACUGAUAUGCAUUAUAUCCUUCGUGUAUUGGCGGCUGGGGAUAUCCGAACCGUCUGUCAUCACCGUUUAAAUCUUCUAGAGCAAAAAUUUAAUCUUCAUUUGAUGGUCAAUGCCGAUAGAGAGCUGCUUGCCCAGAAAGCUGCACCACACAGGGACUUCUACAAUGUCAGGAAGGUUGAUACUCAUGUUCAUCACUCUGCAUGCAUGAACCAGAAGCAUCUUUUGAGGUUUAUUAAGUCAAAAUUGAAGAAAGAACCAGAUGAGGUUGUGAUUUUUAGAGAUGGGACCUAUUUGACUCUUAAGGAGGUGUUCGAGAGUUUGGACUUGACUGGGUAUGACCUCAAUGUUGAUCUCUUGGACGUGCAUGCUGAUAAGAGUACAUUUCACCGUUUUGACAAGUUCAAUCUGAAAUAUAAUCCAUGUGGCCAGUCUCGCCUCAGGGAGAUCUUUCUUAAGCAGGACAACCUUAUUCAAGGUCGCUUCCUCGCUGAAUUAACUAAAGAAGUGUUUGCUGACCUUGAAGCAAGCAAAUAUCAGAUGGCUGAGUAUCGAAUAUCUAUUUAUGGGAGAAAGAAAAGUGAGUGGGAUCAGAUGGCAAGUUGGAUAGUGAAUAACGAAUUGUACAGCGAGAAUGUUGUUUGGUUAAUCCAGAUUCCUCGGAUUUACAAUGUAUACAGGGAGAUGGGCACGAUUAAUUCAUUCCAGAACCUCCUUGACAACAUUUUUCUUCCACUUUUUGAAGUAACUGUUGAUCCUUCUUCACAUCCUCAGCUGCACGUUUUCUUAGAACAGGUUGUUGGUUUAGAUUUGGUGGAUGAUGAAAGCAAACCAGAAAGGCGCCCAACAAAACACAUGCCGACUCCUGAGCAAUGGACUAAUGUUUUCAAUCCAGCCUAUGCAUAUUAUGUAUACUAUUGCUAUGCUAACCUCUACACACUGAACAAGCUUCGUGACUCCAAGGGCAUGACAACAAUCAAACUUCGUCCACACUGUGGAGAGGCUGGCGAUAUUGAUCAUCUUGCUGCAGCAUUUCUCACUUCUCACAAUAUUGCUCACGGGGUGAAUCUAAAGAAGUCCCCUGUCCUCCAGUACUUGUAUUAUCUUGCUCAGAUUGGUCUUGCAAUGUCUCCUUUGAGCAACAACUCGUUGUUUAUUGACUACCACCGGAACCCGUUCCCAACAUUUUUCUUAAGAGGCCUGAAUGUUUCUCUCUCAACUGACGACCCUUUACAAAUUCACCUAACAAAAGAACCUUUGGUUGAAGAAUACAGUGUUGCUGCUUCGCUGUGGAAGCUUAGCUCUUGUGACUUGUGUGAAAUAGCCAGGAAUUCUGUGUACCAGUCUGGUUUCUCUCAUAGGCUGAAGUCACACUGGAUUGGUAGAAACUACUAUAAAAGAGGUCCCGACGGCAAUGACAUCCACCAGACAAAUGUUCCUCACAUUAGGAUUGAAUUCCGACACAACAUUUGGAAAGACGAGAUGGAGCUGAUACAUUUUGGAAAUGUUAAGCUACCAGAAGAAACUGAUAGAUGAAGAUCUUGCGGCAGUUUUGAAAGCCCUGCACUUCAGGCAUUGCAUCCGGUUUUCUGGCUUUCGGAGAAGAAGCAACCCUGUGCUGGUCUGUGAAAGAGAAGAAAAGUGCCCAAGUACCUUUUCGAUGAGUCUUUUACUCCUGUUGCUUGUAUAGGCAAAUAUUAGCAUGGAAGGAUAAGGAGAAGACACUCUAGGAUUUCAGUGGAAUAUACUGCAUCAGGCGUAUCGUUGCUCACUCGGUACAUUAGUUAGUGACCUUCCUUGGAAUAAAAUUGUAUCUUUUGCUUUCAUUAUGCAGACAUUUUGCAGCGUGUUAAAUCUGAUAUUUAUUUGUGUCGGCUCGGUCAUUUAUAUCCUAAUAUUCGACAUCA